GAUGCCGACCCUGCUUCAGGUGUGGCCACUGUGGCAAGUUGUUUGAGCAUUCAUGAGAAAAACAUCAACAUUGCUUUUACUUUUGCUUUUGCUCCCAUGUUUCAUAAAGUGUGAACUCAAGAGGUUUGCUACUUUUUCUAUGGACACAAAUGUCAUGGAAUCCUUUAGGAUUUCAAUAGUUUGCUGUCUAAAACAAAAUCACUGGGCUUGCCUUGAUAACAUUUUGCACGGGAUAAAUGUCUAGCCUUUGAAUGUAUAAAUUUGUCUUGUCUCUUUGGCCUUUAGAUGGGGCCCAUACUCAUUCAUACAGCUUUAGCGCCUGAAAGGAGCCAAGCGCUACAAACAUUUACCCCUUCUAAAUUUAUUGCGUGAAUAUUAAUGGCAGUGAUGGCCCAAGCUGGUAGUGCUUUUAUAUUUUCCUACAUGUGUAUUGAAUAAGCAACAGCAAAAACAAACCACACAGAAAUAUUGCAUUGCAUUGCACAAAUGGAAAAAUAGAAGUGAACUUUAUUGCAAUCAUUUUGGUUAUGCAUCAGCGUGCUUGCAUUCCUUUAUGGUAACAUUCCUGGGACAUGGUUGACCUCAAGCAUUGCCAGCCCCAGCAUUGCUGCCCAGUAUUCAUUCAAAUCUCUGAAACAGAGUUAUGGAAUAUUCACCAAGGGCUGUCAGAAUAUACAAUAAUCGAAAACCAGCAAAACACACAGUCUUGUAUAAUUUUCAUGUCAUCUUAGGGAAUAUGUUCUGUUAAAGAAAAACAUGUGGAAGAACUCAAAUGCACUUUUAGAUUAACUUUGAGAUGGUACCAAUCUAAGUAUGUAACUAUUCUAUUGGAAUAAAAAUGUCAUAUGAAGCUCUGUUGAUCUGCCAUGGAAGAUUUUAGGCAGCACAUUGUGGCCCAACCAGAACUUCUGCAUACAUGACGUCCCCUGAUUGUCCAACCAGAUAAAGACACACGAUUCGCACUAUCCUGAUACACACGCUAAUUUUUCACCAGAUCUCAGCUCUGCUUUAUGGAUUACUUUUUUCUUUUUUUUUUGCCUUUUUACUUUGUCCAUACUGAUUCAUCCACUCCCCCCCCCCCCCCUGUUUAGAAAAGAAAAGUAAUUUAUGUGACACUGGACUUUUUACAAGCGGAGGACUGUGAGAAGGUAGAGGAAUAGUCGCCUGAGGAAGUGACAGCCUAUGACAUUAUCUUAAAUGUAAUAACUCAAGUUUUCCAUCACCUUUCCAGUUGUCUUGCUACCCUGAUACAGUAUGAAGAGAAAUAACUCAUCAAAAUGUUUUAAUGUCACUGAGAGAGAGUGGGGGUCUUCGCACCAGACCCCUUGCACCGAGCCCCUCCAAAGUUCUUACGUCAAAUAUGCAGUCAAGAGGCUCUUCUCUGGCACCCUGCAUCUACCCAGGCUGUCAUGCAGACCCGCUGUGCUGGACAGACUUGAGGAUGCCCUGUCGGAUUCCGGUUCUGGAUCUCCUGGGACCCUUUGGUCACUGACUAGUCGUAUCUCCAAAGCCUUUUUUGAUGUGGAAAAUGGAUUGUCAGUGGGGCGUAGUCCCCUGGACGCUCAGACCAGCCCGAGCUCCGGUGGUCUGGUCCUACAGGCCAACUUUCCUCACAGCCAGCGGCGGGAAUCUUUUCUCUACCGCUCCGACUCCGACUUUGACCUGUCACCCAAAGGUCCUUUGAAAAAUGCCUCCGCUGCCAGCGACUUACACACAGAAGACAUGAUUGUCACACCGUUUGCACAGGUCCUCGCCAGCCUGAGGACAGUCCGGAGCAAUUUUGCUGUUAUAACUGGCCAGCAAGAUCGGCCAGCCAGCAAGACUCGAUCUUCUGGCAGCAACCCGCCAUCCAUGUGCAACACCAGUCUGGCAGAGGAGCCUCACCAGCAGCUCGCCAUCGAAACUCUGGAUGAGCUGGACUGGUGUCUGGAACAACUGGAGACCCUGAAAACCCGACACUCUGUCAGCGAAAUGGCCUCUAACAAGUUCAAGAGGAUGUUGAACCGAGAACUCACCCAGCUGUCGGAGACCAGCCGCUCAGGGAACCAAGUCUCUGAGUUCAUCUCAAGUACCUUCCUAGAGAAGCAACAUGACAUGGACAUCAUGGCUCCGCCCACCAAGGAGGAGAAGAAGAAGCGACCCAUGUCCCAGAUCAGUGGCGUGAAGAAGCCCACUCAUAGCCCCAGUCUGGCACCCUCCACCAUCCCUCGCUUUGGGGUCAACGCCGCCCAGGAAGGACUUCUGGCCAAGGAAUUGGAGGAUAUCAAUAGAUGGGGAAUUGACAUUUUUAAGGUCUCCGAGCAUUCUGGGAAUCGUCCACUCACGGUCACUAUGUAUACCAUUUUCCAGGAACGCGACUUGCUCAAGUCUUUCAAGAUUCCAGUAGACACUUUCAUCACCUUCAUGAUGACUUUGGAGGAUCACUACCACGCAGACGUAGCGUAUCACAACAACAUCCACGCCGCAGAUGUCGUCCAAUCCACCCACGUGCUACUUUCCACACCUGCGCUCGAGGCUGUGUUCACCGAUCUGGAGAUCCUCGCCGCUCUCUUUGCCAGCGCCAUCCAUGAUGUGGACCAUCCUGGUGUUUCCAAUCAGUUUCUCAUCAAUACAAAUUCCGAGCUCGCCUUGAUGUACAACGACUCAUCGGUGUUAGAGAAUCACCACCUGGCUGUCGGCUUUAAGCUUCUGCAAGAGGACAACUGUGACAUCUUUCAAAACCUCAGCACAAAACAGAGACACUCACUACGCAAAUUAGUCAUUGACAUGGUGCUAGCCACUGAUAUGUCCAAACACAUGAACCUGCUGGCAGACCUAAAAACCAUGGUGGAGACCAAGAAAGUUACAAGUUUAGGUGUUCUCCUUCUGGACAAUUACUCAGACCGCAUACAGGUUCUUCAGAACAUGGUGCACUGUGCAGACCUGAGCAACCCCACCAAGCCACUCGAGUUAUACCGGCAGUGGACUGAUCGGAUCAUGGUGGAGUUUUUCACCCAAGGGGACAGGGAGCGAGAAAAGGGCAUGGAGAUCAGCCCCAUGUGUGACAAACACAACGCCUCCAUUGAGAAGACGCAGGUGGGCUUCAUCGAUUACAUCGUACAUCCUCUUUGGGAAACGUGGGCCGACCUCGUUCACCCCGAUGCACAAGAGAUCCUAGACACCUUGGAGGAUAACAGAGAGUGGUACCAGAGCAUGAUCCCCCGAAGUCCUUCACCCAAUCCCGAAGGCCCAGAAGAAAGGGGCAUCACUGGAGAAGCUUUGGGGUUACGUGUGGGCAUGGCGUCCACCGACAAGUUCCAGUUCGAGCUGACCUUGGAGGAGGAGGAAGGAGAAUCUGAUACGGGGAGCCUGCCUGAUGAAGAGGAAGGUAAUAGAGACAAUGAAACAUCCAGAACUGAUUCUGGCAGAGGAUUAGAUGCCAUAUCUGCUCACCUACCCCCUAAAACCAUCACUGCUGAUGCAACAAGGACGUUGUCUGCACAGUCCGAUAAAGACAUGGCAGCAGAAAGUGGGACAGACACGGGAUCAGACAUCCGACUCGAUACAUAGCGCCCAUCCCAACUUUUUUUUUUUUGGGGGGGCGGGGGAUUUUUCAUCUUGAUUUCAGUGCCUCAUCACGCCGCUUCCCCGAGUCCACACAAACUUCCCCUUGGUUUCCGUAGGCAUGGUGACGGCGAGCCUCGGGAUGAGGAGCACUUGGGUGCAGCUGUGAGGCCUGCAAGUUGAAGCAGGCGCUUGCACAAAUGACUGAAGCAAAACUAAGUCCAGUCAUGGACAUGAAUCCGGGUUUCUGUUCCGACAGUCAGACACACUGUAGAUAUUCUGCAGAGACUAUGUGAUAAGAAAUAGUAGCCAGAUUAGGUUCCACCACUCGCAAAUUGUCUUCCUCUUUUUCAAGUUUUUUUUUGUAAAGAUGGUGAGAAAGUGCUGAAUGGCAUGAAAACCAGAAAGAUGUGAUUAGUGAUUCAACUUAAACUUGGCUGAGGAUACUUGAAGAGGUUUUGCCUCUCAUUUAAGCGUGUUUCUUUUGGUCGUGACAAACUACAGUCUACCUUGCGAGACAUUUUGCCAAACUAGCAAUUUAACUCUUGUUUGGCCUGCCUUUGAAAUAUUUGUUUUCUAAUGUUCGCUUUUAAUUGAGUUCACUGUCAAAUCCGUGCAAGAAAUAACAGCAAAUAUGGUCUGUGUACAUGACGCCCUCUAGUGUUGAAAAGCAGUCUCCGGUGUUUGCAUGGCCUGCAUGGGAAGUGCAUUCAAAAUACUUUCCAUUGUUGCCCCCUCCCCUCCAAAAAUAUCAGACAAGUUUCUGCUUUGUUACUAUUCAAACUGUCUUUUGUUUCUAUUUGAAGUCACUUGUCUGCAUCAUUGAUAGGACGCCACCCAUUUAAUUAGCCUUCAAGUUGAGCACUUUCGAUUUUUUUUCUUUUUUAAUUCCUAACUAGUAGCCCUCAUUGUGAUUUGAAAGGGCUUUGAUUCAAACCACAAGCACAUGGAGGGUUUUGACUGAAAUGCUACCUGCACGUAGUAAAAGGCGACAUUCCGUCAGCCGCUGUUAUUGCAACGGUGCAUCUUUGUAACUGUAAAAUCCAAACAAGUGAGGCUUUUCCCCCCCCUACUGUUAAUCAAUAUUUUGCUCUUCAUCACGUAAGUCAAUGACAAAACAAGUGCCAGGCAAGCGUGACACAACUCGUACUGUAGUUUCCAUUUUGCCACAGGCUACUUUCCACCAGCGCCAAACUGAUAAAGUUGGUUGAUUGUAGCACCUCGUGUGCCAAUCCGACCCGUGUCUCCUCCAAUUUUUUUUCAAACUGUAGCUGAUGUUGUCUUAAAGCGGUGAUGUAUUUUUCUAUGUGAGAGUGGACUUUUUAAAGGAGAAAAAAAAAUAGACGUAUUUGCCAAUAAAAACCAAAGCACUUUGUAUAGUACAAUUUACAAUUGUGUACCUCCAUGAUGUGUAUAAUGUGACUAUUUGGUGGGUUGCUGAUAGUUGAGUGGAAUUCCCGGGCUACACCACUACAGCUGUCAAAGGUUGGACUUUGGGACGGAAGACUUUUUUUUUUUUUUUUUUUUUUUUUUCUGUAUUUGAUGCACAUUUUUGACAACAAGCUAUGAACAGUACAAAGACCACUUUAGAAUUGUUUCAGCACAAAUCACUCCCAUGUCAUGGUUCUUUUCUCUUGUUUCAUCAGCCUUUUUUUUUUUUUUUCCUCACCUGGGAUUUUCUUGUCAUUUUUCUGGCCGUAAUACCGACAUGCUGAAGGAAAACAUGUGCAAUGCUUUCUGUGUCACCCCUAACAGCACCACAAAGACCAACACUACAGGAUGCCUUGAAAACUAAGGUCUAUCGAACAGCUUUGUAACCAGCACAACAUGCAAAAGGGGUCAGUGUGUUUUAUCUUGUACAUUUUUCUCACAUUGCUCCAUGUACAGUUUAUUUAUUAUUUCAAUAUUGGGUAUGAGACACAAUGGAAAAAUAAGACUUUGUUAGUCCAAGGUUGAGUUCUCAUUUGUAGUACGAUGUUACUCACGGGACCGGUUUCAAAUGUUACUCUGUUUGAUCGCCAUUAUUUUGUGUCUGCAAAUAACAUAAACAUGCAUCAUUACUCAUUUCCAUGUUUUGUUGGUAUGAAAAUAGUCAAGUUUUCUGAAACCUUUCCUUUCUAUUGUCUUCCUCUGUUGUCAUUGCACUCUAACAGUCACGAAGGAUCGAAAUUGUUCAUCCACAGUAAAGAUUAUGGUCAUUUUAGAUGAGAAUCUCUUCAGCUUGAUGAUUUAUGGAUUAGGAAUGAUUACCACUGCUUUGACAAUCUCUCUGUUGUUUAACUGCGGGUUUUUGUGCCCUCCCUCCAGCUAGAACUGUAUGCCUUGUCAAUUAAAGAAAACCAUUUCAUUCA